AGUUGACCUCAAAAGAACCCAAAGUCUUUCAUUACACUUAUGGGAAUAAAACAUUUUAAAGAAUCUCUCUUUUCACCAAAAUAGAAUUCAUAAAAAUUCCUUCUUUCCCAUAAAUUGAGCUUCUGAGGAAAACAAACUGAUUUCGUCAGGAAGAGUAAGCACUUCAGCAAGAGAUGGCUGAUGCUGUUGUCGAAUUUCUCUUGUUAAAUUUGAAACAACUACUCCUUUAUCAUGUGGAUUUGCUGUCAGGAGUAAAGGAUCAAGUUGAGUCUCUUCAUAGAGAGCUUAGUUUGAUGAAAGCUUUUCUUAAGGACUCUCGAGAGAAGCGCAGUGAGUAUGAAUAUGUCAGAGAGUUGGUAAGCCAAAUCACCAUUGUGGCUUAUGAGGCGGAGGAUAUAAUUGACACGUUUGUGACUAAUGCAGCAAUGCAAAAGGCUAGGAGCACUGUCAGGAGAGCCUUUCACGUAUUUGAUCACUCAUCAAAGCUUCGAAAUGUUGCAAAAGAAAUUGAAUCAAUCAAGGUGAAGGUGAAGGAGAUUUAUGACAAGAAGAUGUUUGGGAUUCAAAGCCUACAUGGUAAAGAGUCUUCUCGUAGAAUUCCACCACAAAAGAGAGUUCCGAUGGUGGAAGAAGAAAAUGUGGUGGGCUUUGAUGAUGAGGCUAAGACAAUAAGUAGUCGACUUACCAAUGGGUCAGAGGACUUAGAGAUCAUCUCAAUUGUCGGGAUGGGUGGUCUGGGCAAGACAACUUUAGCUAAAAAGGUUUAUACUGAUCCUUCUGUUGAAUACCACUUCUAUAACCGUGCAUGGAUUUAUGUGUCUCAGCAGUAUAGCCGAAAGGAGGUCUUUCUUGGAAUUUUAGAUUCUUUAAGUCUCAUCACAGAUGAAAUGUAUAAAAUGAAUGAUGAAAAAUUGGCGGUAGAGCUGUUUAGUCACUUGAGAACCAAGAGAUACCUUGUUGUCAUCGAUGAUGUUUGGACAGUGGAGGCUUGGGAUGACCUCAAAAUGGCUUUCCCAAAGACAGCUAGUGGGAGCAGAAUAUUGUUGACAACUCGAAACACAGAGGUCGCAUUGCAUGCUAACCCUGAAGGUCCUCCUCACCAUUUACGCUUUCUGACUCAUGAAGAAAGUUGGGAGCUCCUCUCAAAGAAGGUUUUCCGCAAAGGUAGCUGCCCCUUAGAGCUAGAAGAUAUUGGACUACAAAUUGCCAAAAAAUGCUAUGGGCUACCGCUUGCAAUUGUCGUAGUCUCAGGUCUUCUCUUAAAGAAAGAUAAAACACGUGACUGGUGGAAGAAAGUUGCUAAUGAUGUUAGUUCAUAUGUUGCCAGGGAUCCAAAGCAAUGCAUGGAUGUUCUAGCAUUGAGUUAUAAGCAUUUACCUGAUCACUUGAAAGUGUGCUUCAUCUAUUUCGGAGUCUUUCCAGAAGACUUUGAAAUUCCUGUGUGGAAAUUACUCAGAUUAUGGACUGGUGAAGGAUUUAUACAGCAAAUGGGGCAAGAAUGCUUGGAGGAUACAGCAGAAGAAUAUCUUGAGGAUCUUGUUGAUAGAAAUUUAGUCUUAGUCGCGAAGAAAAGGGCCAACGGGCGAAUCAAGACUUGUCGCAUUCAUGAUAUGUUGCGAGAUUUGAGUGUAAAAAUGGGUUCAGAGGAGAAGUUCCUGGAGGUGUUCAAAGCAUCUGCUCAGAAUCAUUCUUCUUUGAGCUCGAUUUCCAAAUAUCAUCGUCGUCUUUGCGUGCAUUCACAUUUUCUGGACUUCAUAAAUUCAAGGCCUUCUGGUCCAAAUGUCCGUUCUUUCUUGUGUUUUGCCUCGGAAGAAAUGGAAUUACCUCGUGAACAUACAUCUUUCCUCCAUGAAGCAUUUAGAUUGGUACGGGUGUUAGACUUGAAGUAUAUCAAUUUUCCAAGGUUUCCAAAUGAGAUAGUGCAGCUAGUUCACUUGAGGUAUAUAUCUCUUUCUGGAAAUUUCAGGGUGCUUCCUGCAUCAAUCUCCAAACUUUGGAACCUUGAGACACUAAUUGUUGGAACAAAGUCACGUGAGCUUGACAUUCAAGUGGAUAUAUGGAAAAUGUCCCAAUUCAAACACUUGUACACCAGUGGGUUGAGUUGUUUACGUGGUCCUCCAGCCAAAGCGCGGAAGGAUAAUGAGGAUCCAUUUGUAAGAAGAAACAUCCAGACCAUUUCCACCGUUUUGCCUGAUUGUUGUAAAGAAAAUAUAUUGGCACGAACUCCUGGUCUAAGGAAGUUAGGAAUUCGUGGGAAGUUAUCAACACUUGUGGCUACAAAUGGAGACUCUAGCUUGUUCGAUAAUCUUGCCAAAUUGGACAACCUGGAGACUCUGAAGCUGCUUAAUGACACAUUUCCCCUCCCACCAUCCCAAUGUCAAAUACCCGGUCUUCCCCAAUCGUACAAGUUCCCACCAAACCUGAAGAAGCUGACUUUAUCAGACACCUUCCUUGAUUGGAGCAAUAUAUCUACACUAGGUAUGCUGCCAAAUCUUGAAGUGCUGAAACUAAAAGACUAUGCUUUUAAGGGAACAAAAUGGGAACCGCUUGAUGGAGGAUUCCGCCUGCUUCGGGUCUUGCAUAUUGGAAGGACGAAUUUGGAACACUGGAAUGCUUCAGGCCAUCACUUCCCUAGACUGCAACAAGUUUUCCUUAAACACUGCUCAAGCCUAAAUGAAAUCCCGUUUGGUUUAGUGGAGGUGCCUUCCCUCCAGAAUAUGGAGCUCUUUUGGCCUACUCCCGCUGCUGCAGCAUCUGCCAGGAUUAUUCAGCAGGAGAAACAAGAAGGAUAUAUCAACGACAAUGUGUUCAAGCUUGUCAUCUAUCCUCCAGAUAUUUUGUCACCAAAUCGCGUGGAUUUCUGAAGUUGCUAGCAAGUAGGUUAGGAGUCUUGGUCUUACUGAUUUUGAAGUCGAUCUGGUCAUUUGGUUCAUUUUAUGCGUCAAACAUGUUAUGAUACUUUUAUUAUUUUCAUCACGAGGACUGUACUUUCCUAAUAUAGAAUUUUUAGUUGUGCAGUACUAUUACUAGGUCAUUCAAGUUAUUUUGAAAGAAUAAGAAUGUAUUGGUAAAAACUUUGAUCCUCUUAUUGGUUAUCAUCACU